AUGGAUUAUAAUCCAUUUACUCAGACAUCAAACUUUGUUGGGCUACUUAAUAGGCAACAAAGUAUUUCCUUUGGUAACUAUGAAGAUAGUGUCGAAGUAUCUUCAUCUCAAGUUUCUACUCUAGUCACGGAUGAUGUUGGUGAGCGCCGGGAACGAAGGAAGUGGACGCCCACUGAUGAUGUUGUGCUUAUCAGCUCGUGGCUAAACACGAGCAAAGAUCCAGUUGUUGGCAACGAGCAAAGAUCAAGCACAUUCUGGAAGAGAAUUGCAGCCUACUCUGCCGCUAGUCCGAAGGUUGCUAGGUGUGAAGAGAGAGAGCCUGGUCACUGUAAGCAACGCUGGCACAUGAUCAAUGACUUGGUCUUCAAGUUCUGUGGAUCAUAUGAAGCUGCCACUAGAGAGAAAAGUAGCGGUUGCAAUGAGAAUGAUGUGCUCAAAAGAGCUCAUGAAAUAUUCUACAACAACUAUAAGAAGAAAUUUACCCUUGAGCAUGCUUGGAACGAGUUGCGGAACAACCAGAAGUGGACUGACCUUUCUACUGCUAAAAACGAGGGAAACUCUAAGAAGAGGAACAGUGAUGACGGUGCAGAUUCAUCAAGCUCCAAGCUACUGAAACCAAGCGUCCCGCGGGUGUUAAGGCAGCAAAGGCCCGUGGGAAGAAGACUAUGGUAG